AUGCAGUUGGACAACAUCAACCAGGUGAACCUCCACUCUUUCCAGGGCCACCGCGGCGUGGCCAAUAACAACAAGCCCAAUGUGAUCCUCCAGAUAGGGAAGUGCAGGGCGGAGAUGCUAGACCACGUCAGGAGGACCCACCGGCACCUCCUGACCGAGGUGUCAAAGCAGGUGGAGCGGGAGCUGAAAGGCCUGCAGAAGUCGGUGGGGAAACUUGAGAACAACCUUGAGGAUCAUGUCCCCUCAGCUGCUGAGAACCAGAGGUGGAAGAAGUCCAUCAAGGCCUGCCUGUCUAGAUGCCAGGAGACCAUUGCUCACUUGGAGAGGUGGGUCAAGAGAGAGAUGAAUGUCUGGAAGGAAGUGUUCUUCCGCCUGGAGAAGUGGGCUGACCGGCUCGAGUCUGGUGGGGCAAAGUACUGCCAUGGAGACAACCACAGGCAGACUGUCUCGGUAGGGGUGGGAGGCCCAGAGAUCAGGCCCAGUGAAGGGGAGAUUUAUGAUUAUGCCCUAGACAUGAGCCAGAUGUAUGCCCUGACACCUCCUCCUACUGGGGAUGUCCCUAUCGUGCCUCAGUCCCAUGAUUCCUACCAGUGGGUCUCUGUCUCAGAAGAUACUCCACCUUCCCCAGUGGAGACCCAGAUUUUUGAGGACCCCAGGGAGUUCCUGACUCACUUGGAGGACUAUUUGAAGCAGGUGGGUGGCACUGAGGAGUACUGGCUCUCUCAGAUUGAGAACCACAUGAACGGGCCAGCCAAAAAGUGGUGGGAGUACAAGCAGGACUCCGUCAAGAACUGGCUGGAGUUCAAGAAGGAGUUCCUUCAGUAUAGCGAGGGCACCCUGACCAGGGAUGCCAUUAAGAGAGAGCUGGAUCUCCCUCAGAAGGAUGGAGAACCUCUAGAUCAGUUCCUCUGGCGCAAAAGGGACCUGUACCAGACCCUCUACGUUGAUGCUGAGGAGGAGGAGGUCAUCCAGUAUGUGGUAGGGACCCUCCAGCCCAAACUCAAACGCUUCCUCAGCCACCCUUACCCCAAAACUUUAGAACAGCUGAUUCAGAGGGGCAAGGAAGUUGAGGUCAACUUUGACAACUCUGAGGAGCCCAGUCCCCAGAGGACCCCUGAGUUAAGGGACUCAUUGGAAAGCCUCCCUCCCUCCACCACUGCCAGCCCAAUCGCUAGUGACGGAACUCAACCCGAGGUUUCCGUCCCUACCACAGUGAUAUGA